AAGAGAACAACCCUAAACCCUGUCGAAGCCAACGGCGAAAGGACUCAAAGUCGAAACCCUAACUUUUCCGCUCACCGCUGAAGCCUCCUUUAUUCUCGUUAAUGGCUACAAUACCUGUUAACCCAAAACCUUUCUUGAACAAUUUGACUGGAAAGACUGUUAUAGUGAAGCUCAAAUGGGGGAUGGAAUACAAAGGUUUUCUUGCCUCGGUUGAUUCGUACAUGAACUUGCAGCUCGGCAAUGCAGAAGAGUUUAUCGAUGGGCAAUUCACUGGAAAUCUAGGGGAGAUUUUAAUCAGAUGUAAUAAUGUUCUAUAUCUUCGCGGGGUUCCUGAAGAUGAAGAUAUAGAAGAUGCUGAUAGAGACUAGAUGGGUUCUCAUAUGGUUUAUGCUUAGAACUUUUGGCUAUUAGACCAGAGCUGAUGUAAGUUUUAUCUAGCAUUAUUGGAGGUCAUGUAUGUCAUUUAAUCCACUGAUCAAACAAACUGCUAUAUAGUUAAACUGUGUUUUUAUUUACUGCUCUUACCAACAUUAUUUGGAAUAUGCAUCUUUUAGCCAAUUAACUGUUGCAUCUUUUUCCAACAUAUCACAACAACUCAUUUGUUUUUUUCUUAAAUAAUAGUAGCUAAUUGACUUUUAGAUUAAUAGCAUGACAUUUGAGUUGGCGGUCGAAGGUUGUAGAUUCAAAUAACUUUACACGCAUGCAAUAUCUUUUUCAGCCAAGUAGAUAAUAGAGUUUUUCACUCAAGUGAAUAAUGAAGUAAGAGGAUUCAAAGGAAGACUAAAUAUUAAAAACACAAUAGUAAUAAUAAUUUUAAUCCUCACAAAUAAUUUAAUGAAGAUUAUGGUGAUGCAGGUCUAUCCCAACCAGUAACUCACUUGAAGUGGUUGGAUUAAUAAGCCUCUUUAUUAAAAAAAUUGGGUAAAAUUGUUUCUCUUCUCUUUUCCCUUUUCCUUAUUAAUUCUUGAUUGAUUUAGGAAUUCAUUCAGCCUCUUUACAUAGCAAUUCAGUUUGAUUGAAGUUGUUUUCAACAGCAACAAAUAAAUGCAAUUUGGUAUAUAUGUCAACCCUCUCUAUUUAAAAAAAAAAAAUUAAUGUAUUUUUUUUACUACUAAAAUGACUCUAUGGAACCAUACACA